AUGGACACUCUCUCGGACUGGGCAGGAGUGGUGCAAACGACGUCGGCCGAUGAUGGUCUCCAGCAUCUUCUGGAUCUGCUUGGGCUCAUCAGUCAUGUUGCCCUCGAACUCCUUCCGUUCGAUGUUCCCGGUGGCCAGCUCCUGAAGCUUCUGGGUGCUCUAAAGGGUCUUCGCAUCUUCGGGCUCGAGGGCGCGGACAUGCCUCUUGGGAGCGGCCUUGUCACCAUCGUCGGGGCUUUGAAGAAGCCUUCAGAAGGCUUGGGCUUCUUCAUGUAG